AUGACUGACUCCAAGUACUUCACAACCAAUAAAAAGGGAGAAAUCUUUGAAUUAAAGGCUGAACUCAACAAUGAAAAGAAAGAAAAGAGGAAGGAGGCUGUGAAGAAAGUGAUUGCUGCUAUGACUGUGGGGAAGGAUGUUAGCUCUCUCUUUCCAGAUGUAGUGAACUGUAUGCAGACGGACAAUCUGGAACUGAAGAAGCUUGUAUAUCUCUACUUGAUGAACUAUGCCAAGAGUCAGCCAGACAUGGCCAUCAUGGCUGUCAACAGCUUUGUGAAGGACUGUGAAGAUCCCAAUCCUCUGAUUCGAGCUUUGGCAGUCAGAACUAUGGGGUGCAUCCGGGUGGACAAGAUUACAGAGUAUCUCUGUGAGCCCCUCCGCAAGUGCUUAAAGGAUGAAGAUCCCUAUGUCCGGAAGACAGCAGCAGUCUGUGUGGCAAAACUCCAUGACAUCAAUGCCCAGAUGGUGGAAGAUCAGGGAUUUCUGGAUUCUCUGCGGGAUCUCAUAGCAGAUUCAAAUCCAAUGGUGGUGGCUAAUGCUGUAGCAGCACUAUCUGAAAUCAGUGAAUCUCACCCCAACAGCAACUUACUCGAUCUGAAUCCACAGAACAUUAAUAAACUACUGACAGCCCUGAAUGAGUGCACCGAAUGGGGCCAGAUUUUCAUCCUGGACUGCUUAUCUAAUUACAAUCCUAAAGAUGACCGGGAGGCUCAGAGCAUCUGUGAGCGGGUAACUCCCCGGUUAUCUCAUGCCAACUCAGCAGUGGUGCUUUCAGCAGUAAAAGUGCUAAUGAAAUUUUUAGAGUUGCUACCCAAGGACUCUGACUACUACAACAUGCUGCUGAAGAAGUUGGCCCCGCCACUUGUCACGCUGCUGUCUGGGGAGCCAGAGGUGCAAUACGUCGCCCUGAGGAACAUCAACCUAAUUGUCCAGAAAAGGCCUGAAAUCUUGAAGCAGGAGAUCAAAGUUUUCUUUGUGAAGUACAAUGAUCCAAUCUAUGUGAAACUAGAGAAAUUGGACAUCAUGAUUCGUUUGGCAUCUCAAGCCAACAUUGCUCAGGUUCUGGCUGAACUGAAAGAGUACGCCACAGAGGUGGAUGUUGACUUCGUGCGCAAGGCCGUGCGAGCCAUUGGGCGCUGUGCCAUCAAGGUGGAGCAAUCUGCAGAGCGCUGUGUGAGCACGUUGCUUGAUCUCAUCCAAACCAAAGUAAACUAUGUGGUCCAAGAGGCGAUUGUUGUCAUCAGGGACAUCUUCCGCAAAUACCCCAACAAAUACGAAAGUAUCAUUGCCACACUGUGUGAGAACUUAGAUUCACUGGAUGAGCCAGACGCUCGAGCAGCUAUGAUUUGGAUUGUGGGAGAAUAUGCUGAAAGAAUUGACAAUGCUGAUGAGUUACUAGAGAGCUUUCUGGAGGGUUUCCAUGAUGAAAGCACCCAAGUGCAGCUCACUCUGCUCACUGCCAUAGUGAAGCUGUUUCUCAAGAAACCAUCAGAAACACAGGAACUGGUACAGCAGGUCUUGAGUUUGGCAACACAGGAUUCUGAUAAUCCUGACCUUCGAGACCGGGGUUAUAUUUAUUGGCGCCUUCUCUCAACUGAUCCUGUCACAGCUAAAGAAGUAGUCUUGUCUGAAAAGCCACUGAUUUCUGAGGAGACAGAUCUUAUUGAGCCAACUCUGCUGGAUGAGCUAAUCUGCCACAUUGGUUCUUUGGCCUCAGUGUACCAUAAGCCGCCCAAUGCUUUUGUGGAAGGAAGUCACGGAAUCCAUCGCAAACACUUGCCAAUACAUCAUGGGAGCACGGAUGCGGGUGACAGCCCUGUUGGCACCACCACUGCCACCAACCUGGAGCAGCCUCAGGUUAUUCCCUCCCAAGGUGACCUUCUGGGGGAUCUUUUAAACCUUGACCUUGGUCCCCCAGUCAAUGUGCCACAGGUAUCUUCCAUGCAGAUGGGAGCAGUGGAUCUCUUGGGAGGAGGACUAGAUAGUCUGCUUGGCAGUGACCUUGGCGGGGGCAUUGGAGGAAGUCCGGCAGUGGGACAGUCCUUCAUUCCGUCAUCAGUGCCUGCAACCUUUGCUCCCUCCCCUACUCCUGCUGUGGUCAGCAGUGGUCUGAAUGACCUGUUUGAACUCUCCACGGGGAUAGGCAUGGCACCUGGUGGAUAUGUGGCUCCUAAGGCUGUCUGGCUGCCUGCAGUAAAGGCUAAAGGCCUGGAGAUUUCAGGAACGUUUACUCACCGCCAAGGGCACAUCUAUAUGGAAAUGAACUUCACCAACAAAGCUCUGCAGCACAUGACGGACUUUGCAAUUCAGUUUAACAAGAAUAGCUUUGGUGUCAUUCCCAGCACUCCUCUGGCCAUCCAUACACCACUAAUGCCAAACCAGAGCAUCGAUGUCUCCCUGCCCCUCAACACCUUGGGCCCCGUCAUGAAGAUGGAGCCUCUGAACAACCUGCAGGUGGCUGUGAAAAACAAUAUUGAUGUCUUCUACUUCAGCUGCCUCAUCCCACUCAACGUGCUUUUUGUAGAAGAUGGCAAAAUGGAGCGCCAGGUCUUCCUUGCAACAUGGAAGGAUAUUCCCAAUGAAAAUGAACUUCAGUUUCAGAUUAAGGAAUGUCAUUUAAAUGCUGACACUGUUUCCAGCAAGUUGCAAAACAACAAUGUUUAUACUAUUGCCAAGAGGAAUGUGGAAGGGCAGGACAUGCUGUACCAAUCCCUGAAGCUCACUAACGGCAUUUGGAUUUUGGCCGAGCUACGUAUCCAACCAGGAAACCCCAAUUACACGCUGUCGCUGAAGUGUAGAGCUCCCGAGGUCUCCCAGUACAUCUAUCAGGUCUACGACAGCAUCUUGAAAAACUAA